AUGGAAGCUGCACAUUUUUUCGAAGGGACCGAGAAACUGCUGGAGGUCUGGUUCUCCAGGCAACAGUCCGAAGCCAGCCAGGGAUCUGGGGAUCUUCGCACGAUCCCAAGAUCUGAGUGGGAUGUCCUUUUGAAGGAUGUGCAAUGCUCAAUCAUAAGUGUGACAAAGACUGACAGGAAGCAGGAAGCUUAUGUACUCAGUGAGAGUAGCAUGUUUGUCUCCAAGAGACGUUUCAUUUUGAAGACAUGUGGUACCACCCUCUUACUGAAAGCACUGGUUCCCCUGUUGAAGCUUGCAAGGGAUUACAGUGGGUUUGACUCAAUUCAAAGCUUCCUUUAUUCUCGUAAGAAUUUCAUGAAGCCUUCUCACCAAGGGUACCCACACCGGAAUUUCCAGGAAGAAAUCGAGUUUCUUAAUGCAAUUUUCCCAAAUGGAGCAGCGUAUUAUGUGGGACGUAUGAAUUCUGACUGUUGGUACUUGUAUACUUUGGAUUUCCCAGAGAGCCGAGUAAUCAGUCAGCCAGAUCAAACCCUGGAAAUUCUGAUGAGUGAGCUUGACCCAGCAGUUAUGGAGCAGUUCUACAUGAAAGAUAAUGUUACUGCAAAGGAUGUCACUCGUGAGAGUGGAAUUCAUGACCUGAUACCAGGUUCUAUCAUUGAUGUCACACUGUUCAAUCCUUGUGGCUACUCAGUGAAUGGAAUGAAAUCGGAUGGAACAUACUGGACUAUUUACAUCACUCCAGAAGCAGAAUUCUCUUAUGCUAGCUUUGAAACAAACUUAAAUCAGACCUCCUAUGAUGACCUGAUCAGGAAGGUUGUGGAAGUCUUCAAGCCGGGAAAAUUUGUGACCACCUUGUUUGUUAAUCAGAGUUCUAAAUGUUGCACAGUGCUUUCUUCACCCCAGAAGAUUGAAGGUUUUAAACGUCUUGAUUGCCAGAGUGCUAUGUUCAGUGAUUACAAUUUUGUUUUUACCAGUUUUGCUAAGAAGCAGCAACAACAGCAGAGUUGA